AUGUUCUCGUACGUCAUGGCGCUUAUUGUGGUAUACGAAACGCAAAAUACGCAGCUGUUUUUGCAAAUAUGGUCAAAUGUGAUCAGCUUCCCCCAUGGCCUAUCACUGAACUUAGCCAUAGCUGGCACUAUUUCACAGAUAACACACAAGGCGAGCUUCAUGCUUGAUACCCGACAGUCAAGUCUGAAGUCCUUGAAACUCCACACAUCAACACACCUUGUUCUGCCGAACCUCCCAAAUCUACUUUCCCCAACACUACAGCACCCUUAA